CCCUCUUACAGCCAUGAUGUCCUCCAGGUCUCGGCAAACAUACACCACCAAAGGGGGCUUCAGCUCCAACUCUGCCAGCGGAGGGGGCGGGUCCGGGGCCCGCACCAGCUUCAGCUCGGUGACAGUGUCCCGGAGCAGUGGCAGUGGUGGAGGGACCCGCCGUGGCCCCAGCAUGGGUGGCUUUGGCAGCCGGAGCCUCUAUAACUUGGGGGGCAACAGGAGCAUCUCGGUCAGUGUGGCUGGAGCGGCCUCCUCCGGGCGGGGUCUGGGAGGCUUCGGCUUUGGCAGCGGGGCAUUUGCGGGCCUGGGGGCUGGCAGGCAGACGGUCGGGCCUGUCUGUCCUCCUGGAGGGAUCCAGGAGGUCACCAUCAACCAGAGCCUGCUAACCCCCCUCAACGUGGAGAUAGACCCAGAGAUCCAGCGGGUGCGCACCCAGGAGCGGGAGCAGAUCAAGACCCUCAACAACAAGUUUGCCUCCUUCAUCGACAAGGUGCGGUUCCUGGAGCAGCAGAACAAGGUGCUGGAGACCAAGUGGGCACUGCUGCAGGAGCAGGGCCAGAACUCAGGUAGCACCAGGAGGAACCUGGAGCCCCUCUUUGAGUCCUACCUGAGCAACCUGCGGAACGUACUUGGCAAACUCCAGAACGAGCGGGGGAGGCUGGACUCGGAGCUGAGGAACGUUCAGGAUCUCCUUGAGGACCUAAAGAGCAAGUACGAGGAUGAAAUCAACAAGCGCACUGGUGCAGAGAACGAGUUUGUGGUGCUCAAGAAGGAUGUGGAUGCUGCGUACAUGGGCCGAGUGGAUCUGCAAGGCAAAGUGGAUACCUUGACCCAGGAGAUUGACUUCCUGCAGCAGAUCUAUGAAAUGGAGCUGAGCCAAGUGCAGACCCAUGUGUCUGACACCAAUGUGGUGCUCUCCAUGGACAACAACCGCAACCUGGAUCUGGACAGCAUCAUUGCUGAGGUCAAGGCCCAGUAUGAGCUGAUUGCCCAGAGGAGCCGGGCUGAGUCUGAGGCCUGGUACCAGACUAAGUAUGAGGAGCUGCAGGUGACGGCUGGGAAGCAUGGGGACAACCUGCGGGACACCAAGAAUGAGAUUGCUGAGCUCACCCGCACUAUUCAGAGGCUGCAGGGUGAAGCGGAUGCAGCCAAGAAGCAGUAUCAGCAGCUACAGACGGCCAUUGCAGAGGCAGAGCAGCAUGGGGAGCUGGCACUCAAGGAUGCAAAGAAGAAACUUGGGGAUCUGGACGUGGCUUUGCACCAGGCCAAGGAGGACCUGGCGCGGCUGCUGCGUGACUACCAGGAGCUGAUGAACGUCAAGCUGGCCCUGGACGUGGAGAUCGCCACCUACCGCAAGCUGCUGGAGGGCGAGGAGAGCAGGAUGUCUGGAGAGUGUCCCAGUACAGUCAGCAUUUCUGUGAUGGGCAACUCCACCACUGUGAGCGGAGGCGGCGCAGCUGGCUUUGGGGGUGGCAUCUCCCUGGGCGGGAGUGGGGGGGCCAGCAAGGGCGGAUUCGGCACAAGUGUGGGCUACAGCACCGUCAAGGGAGGGCCGGCCUCCGGGGGCACCUCCAUCCUGCGGAAGACCACCACGGUCAAGACGUCCAGCCGGAGAUACUAGCUGCUGAGCCCCGCAAACAGGGGGCACCUGCAGUCCUCUCCCUGCCCCACUCACCC